AUGAUGAACCGCAGCAUUGCUUUGCAGAGACGCUUCACUUUGGCUCACACUCCCAGUUUUGAUGUUGACAAUGGGCUGUCGGUGGGCCGCAGUCCUCUGGAGUCCCAGGCCAGUCCAGGCUCCGGCCUUGUGCUGCAGGCCAAUUUCCCUCACAGUCAGCGGCGGGAGUCCUUCCUGUAUCGCUCCGAUUCUGACUUUGACCUUUCACCCAAGGCCAUGUCCCGAAACUCAUCCACGGCCAGCGAGCUGGAAGAGAGUUUGAAGCACUGGGAAGUCAACUGGCUAAAUCGACAUGGAGAAGACAUGAUAGUUACACCGUUUGCACAGUUCAAAAGGAUGCUGAAUCGAGAACUAACCCAGCUGUCAGAGACUAGCAAGUCUGGAAACCAGGUCUCAGAGUUCAUCUCCAGCACCUUCUUGGAGAAGCAACAUGAUAUGGAGAUUAUGUCCCCACCGACCAAGGAGAAGGAGAAGAAAAAGUGGCCCAUGUCUCAGAUCAGUGGAGUGAAGAAACCCACGCACAGCUCCAGUGUGGCAGCUUCCAGCAUCCCACGCUUUGGCAUCAGCACUGACCAGGAAGAUCUGCUGGCCAAGGAGUUGGAGGACUUUGACAAAUGGGGUGUGGAUAUUUUCAAGAUAUCUGAGUAUUCUGGCAACCGACCGCUAACGGUAGCAAUGUACACAAUCUUUCAGGAAAGAGACCUGUUGAAAUCCUUUAAAAUCCCUGUAGACACAUUCAUUACCUACAUGAUGGCAUUGGAGGAGAACUACCACGCAGAUGUAGCAUACCAUAAUAGCAUCCAUGCAGCUGACGUGGUCCAGUCCACCAAUGUCCUGCUGUCCACCCCUGCCUUGGAGGCGGUGUUCACCGACCUUGAGAUCUUGGCCGCAAUGUUUGCUAGUGCAAUACAUGACGUGGACCACCCUGGAGUGUCCAACCAGUUCCUCAUCAACACAAACUCAGAGUUGGCGCUCAUGUACAACGAUUCCUCUGUUCUGGAGAACCACCACCUGGCUGUUGGCUUCAAACUGCUGCAGGAAGAAAACUGUGACAUUUUCCAGAACCUGAUCAAGAAACAGAGGCAGUCGCUGCGCAAAAUGGUCAUUGACAUGGUCCUAGCCACUGAUAUGUCAAAGCAUAUGAACCUGUUAGCGGAUCUCAAGACCAUGGUAGAGACCAAGAAGGUGACAAGUCUGGGCGUGCUGCUGUUAGACAACUACUCUGAUCGCAUUCAGGUUCUUCAGAACAUGGUGCAUUGUGCUGACCUGAGCAACCCAACAAAGCCCCUGGAGCUGUACCGUCAGUGGACGGAUCGCAUCAUGGUGGAGUUUUUUACUCAGGGGGACCGAGAGAGAGAUAAGGGUAUGGAGAUCAGCCCCAUGUGUGACAAACACAAUGCUUCCAUUGAGAAAUCACAGGUGGGCUUCAUUGACUACAUCGUGCACCCGCUAUGGGAGACCUGGGCGGAUCUGGUUCACCCUGAUGCCCAGGAGAUUCUCGAUAUGCUGGAGGACAACCGUGAGUGGUACCAGAGCAUGAUCCCUCACAGUCCCACCUCCACCCCUAAGGACAAGGACAGUGUGGUCGGGAUGGGAGCAAUGGGUGGAAGUAUUGCCUCGGCAGGGGAGAAAUUCCAGUUCGAACUGACCUUAGAGGAGGAAGGGGAGUCUGAUGUUGAGAGUCCCGUGGACGAAGAGUUCACUUCCACCGUACAGGAUUACUCCAGGACAGAUCCAGAAGGCAAACAUCCGUCUUCAGCUCCCCGCACACAGCAAGCCAACCUGACCGCUCGCUCCCCUGGCUGCAGGACAAUGUCUUUUAAGAUGGGCGAGCCGCCAGACAGUGAAGAUGAAGAUAGAGAACUUGACCAAGAAGGGAAAAGCGUGUCUUGCCUGCUUCUGGGAACAUAACACUAGUGCACUUUUUAAUUUCAUUCUAUUUUCUUUUUUCAUACCUCUUCCUCACCACCUCCCUAUCCCUCUUCAUCCCAUUCUUAGCUUCCUCGGGCGGAGGCGACGCAGUGCAGGAGAGCAAAGGAGAGGUAGGAAAGCUUCCACGGGACGUUUUUUUAUACAGUAGUCACCUUGCACUGGAGAAAGCUCCUACUCUACGGACUGUCAAAGCAUGAAGCUUUCUUAAAACAUUCUCGGUCUUGUGACUUCGGGAUGCCAUUUGGCUUUACUGUCAAGCGUAAAACUGCCUAUGUGUUAUGGACUGAGAGGAAACGUCCUCAAGUGUCUUCCUGUGACAUCCCAGGUUUAAAGUUAACGAACAAGUGGAGCCGUCCGAACAUGAUUGAUAUACAGGACACUUUUUAUGUGAGACGUAUGUGCACUAAAAUGUUUUUUU